CCAGCAUGCACGAGCGGCAGCGUGAGCUGUGACGUUACCGGAUAUCCGGUGGCUGGAAUCAUCGAAGACAACGCGUGUUCACAAACAGCUCGACUGUGAAAAUUGUUUGGUCGAAUUGGCGCAAACAGAAAAAAAAACACUGAAGAAACGAAAUAUUAACCAUCAGGAAUCUGUUGAAUAACCGCCGCCAUGUUUCUGCAGUUUUACCUCAACGAGAACGGAGAGAGAGUUUACACACUGAAGAAGGUGGAUCCACAGGGUCGGCCCACCAGCUCUGCCCACCCAGCUCGCUUCUCUCCUGAUGACAAGUUCUCCAGACACCGAGUGACUGUGAAGAAACGCUUCGGAUUACUGCUCACCCAGCAGCCACGACCUGUCCUGUGAAACGCUACCAAUGGACAUUCAUUGAGAGAGAGAGUGUGUGUGUGUGUGUGUGUGUGUGUGUGUGGUGCACCUGAAGAUGUCACUGAUAAUCAGUUGUUAAUGAUGUAUCCUGAUAGCACCAUGAACUGUUUCUUUUAAACUUUCACUCUCCUUUUUUUUUUUUUUUUGUUAUUUUUUUGACGAAAUGCCUCACCCUGAAUAAAAAGAUCGAUUUGUAGGA